AUGGAUAAAUCUUGGAUUACAAAGCCAAGGAACACCACUGAGUAUUUGUUUGGGUUAAAUCAGUUUUUAGAUUUUGCAUUUGCUAAUGCUGUUGUGGGAGAUAGAAUAAAAUGUCCUUGUCCUAAAUGUGGAUUCGCAAAGUGGCAGACUAGAGAUGUAGCGUUUGAUCAUUUGGUAUGCAAACCAUUCCCUCAAAAUUAUGUCACUUGGAGUAUUCAUGGUGAAAGAAAUGUACUGCCUAAUUCUAUAAAUAUUGAGGUUAUACAAGAUACAUUACCUCCUGAAAAUCCUGUAGAAUUAUUGAUCAAUGAAGCAUUUGGGGGCCUAAGGCACGAUGGGGUUGAUGUAGGUCCGUCACAAGUAGCAGGUGGUGAAGAAAGGUUAAAUGAUGAGCCUGCUUCAAAUGACAAAGACUUUUUCGAGUUGCUUAGAGAUGGAAGUCAAGAAUUGUAUGAAGGGUCCAAGUACUCAAAACUAGAAUUUUUAUUAAAAUUGUAUCACAUAAAGUGUUUGUCUGGGCUAAGUGACAAGGGAAUGUCCAUGAUACUAGAUUUGUUGAGGGAUGCAUUUACAUUUGCACGAAUCCCUAAUUCUUUUUAUGAGGCUAAGAAAACCAUCAGUAAGCUUUGUCUUGAUUAUAUCAAGAUAGGUGCUUGUCCAAAUGAUUGUAUGUUGUUUUGGGGGAAUGAUGCUAAUGAGGAAACAUGUAAGUAUUGUCACACUUCUAGGUGGAAGCCUAACAAGAACAGAAAUGAAGAUCUUGUGUCUGCUACAGGUAAAAAGAAAACCAAGAAGAAAACCAAGAAGCCUGCAAAGAUUUUGCGUUACUUUCCAUUAAAACCAAGGUUGCAGAGAUUGUUCAUGUGCUCUAAAAUAGCAAAAUAUAUGAGAUGGCAUGCUGAGGAUAGUAACAAAGAUGGAAUCAUGAGGCAUCCUAGAGAUGGUGAGGCAUGGAAGAGGUUUGAUACAACUUUUCCUGAAUUUGCUUUUGAUCCUCGGAAUGUUCGGCUAGGCCUAGCUAGUGAUGGCUUCAAUCCUUUUGGCACGAUGAGUACUAAUUAUAGCAUUUGGCCAGUCAUUUUAGUUCCAUAUAACCUUCCUCCUUGGUUGUGCAUGAAACAACCCAAUUUUAUUCUUUCAAUGAUCAUUCCCGGUCCUCGUACUGCGGGAAAUAACAUAGAUGUUUACCUACAACCCCUUAUUAAGGAGUUGAAUGAGUUGUGGAGUGAAGGUGUCGAAACUUUUGAUUCAUCAAACAAAGAGAUGUUUAGAUUGCGAGCUGCUCUUAUGUGGACAAUUAGUGACUUUCCUGGACUCGAUAUCUUGUCUGGUUGGAACUCACAUACUGGUUUAGCAUGUCCAACUUGUAAUUUUGAUGCAGAACCUUGCCGGCUUCGCCAUAGUAGAAAGUGGUGCUUUAUUGGUCAUCGUAGAUUUUUAGCAAGAAAUCAUAAAUUUAGACUGAUGAGGCAUCGUUUUGAUGGAAAUGUGGAGGAAAGAAACCCACCAAGAAAGUUAUCCGGAUCUAAUAUUUUCCAACAAGUGAAAGAUAUUGAUGUUACAUUUGGAAAACCGGCUGAGUUGAACGAGAGAAGAAAAAGAUCUAGACAAAGAAAUAUUGGGCAAGGUGCAGCGCAACAAUGGAGGAAAAAAAGCAUAUUCUUUAAUCUUCCAUAUUGGGAGUUCAACUCGUUGCGCCACAAUUUAGACGUCAUGCACAUCGAAAAGAAUGUGUUUGACAAUAUUAUAUAUUCUUUGCUUAAUGAUAAAGACAAGUCAAAAGAUAAUAUUAAGGCACGGAAAGAUUUGCAAGAUAUGGGUAUAAGGCGUGAUCUUUGGCCUGAUGAGAAUGAUGAGUGUCGGCUUGCUGUGUUUACCAUUCCAAAGGAAAAGAAAGUGGCUUUCCUCACAACUUUAAAGAAUAUUUCAGUGCCGGAUGGUUACUCGAGUAAUAUCUCUGGCUGCAUUGAUCCGGACCAAAGGAGAAUCUUUGGAUUAAAGAGUCAUGAUUGUCACAUUAUUAUGGAGCAAUUGCUACCAAUAGCAAUUCGCAAUGUGCUGCCAAAGGAGGUUGUUGCAAUCUUAGUAGAGCUUUCUUCUUUUUUCAGAGAACUUUGUCUUAAAAGUUUGAGUUUGGCGGAUCUAGAAAAGUUACAAAAUCGCAUUGUUCUCACACUUUGCCACUUGGAGAUAUUAUUCCCGCCAACGUUCUUUACUGUAAUGGUCCAUUUAACUGUCCAUCUGGUAGAUGAAGCUAUACAAGGUGGUCCUGUACAUUACAGGUGGAUGUAUUUUGUUGAAAGAUUGUUAGGUCAUUUUAAGUCCCUCGUAGGGAAUAAGGCUCAACCAGAAGGUUCCAUAGCUGAAGGUUACAUUGUUGAAGAAGCUCUAACUUUUUGUUCUCGUUACUUUGAAGGGAUUGAGUCAAGGCUUAAUAGGCCUAGACGUGUGAAUGAUGAACCAAAUCUUAAUGAGGCUUCUGAAAUGUCCUCUAUCUUCCCUACGCAAGGUAAACCAGUUGGAGGCUCCUCAACGUUCCCCUUGACUCCAUUGGUGAAGACGCAAGCUCAUCGAUAUGUGUUAUUUAAUUGUGCGGCAGUGAAGCCAUUUAUUGAGUAA